GCGGAGGGAUGCAGAAAGGCCUGAAGAAGUACUUCGUCAACAUGGACGAGUACCUGUCCAGUCUGGGACUCUACAGGAAGAUGGUGGCGCGGGACGCGUCCAGCCUGUUCCGAGCCGUGUCAGAGCAGUUGUAUUACUCUCAGAACUACCAUCAGAAGAUCCGUCAGGACUGUGCCAACUUCAUGAGAGCCAACAGAUGCAACUUUGAACCAUUCGUUGAAGGCUCGUUUGAAAAAUAUCUGGAGCGUCUGGAGGACCCGAAGGAGACGGUGGGUCAGGUGGAGAUCAAGGCUCUGUCUCAGCUCUACAGGCGGUGUUUCCUGAUCUAUCGUUACCCGGGGAAACCAGCCACAGUGAUCUCAGAGGAUGACUUUGUGGACAAGGUGACACUGUGUUGCUCCAUCAACGGUCACUAUGACAUCGUUUACCCGAGGAGUUACCCCGCCUCUGCCGCCCUCUGUCAGUCUCUCCUGUAUGAGCUGCUCUACACUCAGGUGUUUGGGGUGGAGGAGGCGGAGCUCUGUCAGGCCAUGGAGGCCUUCAGGAAUGGAGGCCGUCGCUAUAGAAACAGUCCAUCAGUGUGUAGUGAUGUUGACAUUGGCUAUGACACACUCGAGGACCGAGGACAAAGGGAGGAGGCAGAGUCAGGUGGAGCUGCUGAGGAGAAACCCAGAGCUGCUACGGACAACACAAAGCCUGCUGCAGAAGCUCCGCCCUCCUCCAGACUCUCUCUGCCCUACAAAGUCAUGAAGUCUCUGGACGGAGAAGUUUACAGGAACCUGGAGUUUGACGUGUGGCAGGACACCUGCAAAGAGAUGCAGAAGACAGACUACAUGGUGUUUGCAGGGAGACAGUACUUCCUGGGAGACAAGUGUCAGGUGCGUCUCGAGCCGAAGGGGAAGUACUACAACGCCUUCAUCCAGGAAGUAGGAACGCACUCAUCAGCUGUCACCGUCUUCAUCGAGGAGCUGGGAGAGAAACACCUGGUUCCUCUGACUGAUCUGAAACCAGUGAAUCCAGUUCCUGCGUGGAACGUUGCUGCUCCGGUGAGGAAAGGCGAUCUGGAUUCAGACUCUCGUGGUCAGCGUCAUCACCGCCAUCGUUACUACAGGAAGUCUCGGGGCAGCAGCGGGAUGAAGGGAGCAGAGCUGCUGAUACCACAGCCCUCUUCAUAUGGAGGCCCCGCCCCCACCACCCUACCGCCUCGCUUCCAGCCAGCAGGUCACCCCCGCCCAGCCCCUCCCCUGUCGCCUGGAGCAAUGGCCUAUGACCCUUAUGCCCCCCCGCACCACCACCACCCCCCUACAGCUAGGCCACCUCGCUACGGGGCGUCCAGAAGCUCAACCCGUUUCCUGAACCGUCACCUGAUUGGUCCACAGCUGACCUAUUACCACCCCGGCAGACGAUAUUACCACGACUACGAGAACUACGCCUUCAGGUCACGUCGUAGCCGGCGUCAGCUGGUGGCAGCUCUGAACAAAGAGUGUCAGUUUGGUUUCCCGGCGGAGGCGGUGGAGGAGCCGGCUGAUCUGGAUGCAGCCAUUGCAUAUUACCAGCUGGACGACGGCAGCGACGCCGUCUUCCCUCCGCUGCCGGGCCCUGCUGUGGCCCCACCCCCCACCAUGGGGCCCCCUCCGCCCGGCUCCUCCUACAGAGUUCAGAGAGGCUCGGGGCCCCUCCCCCCCGCGCCUCCACCCGGAAACACCCCUGUUUGCUCAUCAGAGGAGGAUCAGGAGGACGCGAGCACCGUGGAGGACCAGGCUGAGUACACCGAGGACUACGUCUACGCUCAGGAUCAGAGCUACCAGGCGCCAGGUGUUUACACCGCUCCUGAACCCGCCCCCAACCAGGAUGAGCAGGAAGGAGGUGCAGCUGACUCUCCACCAAGACCAGACAUGACCUACAACUACACACAGCAGGUGGUGAAGCCAUUAGCUGUCAUCUGCUCCUCACCCUCCUCUUCCUCCUCCUCACCCUCUUCUCCAUCAUCUCAUGUACCAGCAGCUGCUCACCUGCCGCCACCUGCACACACGCAGCCACGCUCAGCUGCCAUGGCGAUCCCAGCUGCCUCUCCCUGGUUGGUUAACGAGCUGGGCGAGCCUCUUUGCACCGUGGUGGCUCCACCCCCUUACUCCUACGACCCAAACGGCAGUGAUUUACCCAGAGACAGCAGAGUCCUCCAGUAUUACUUCAACUUAGGAGUCCAGUGGUAUCAUCAGAGCUGCUGGCAGCAGCAGCAGCAGCAGCAGACGUACCCUCCCACCUCCUCUGAGGCCUCCUACACCUACCAGCAUUACCCCCCCUACCUGAGCCAGGACCCCCUUCAUGGUGUCCCUCAGUCCUACACUGAGACAGGUCGAAGCGCCCAUCAGCCCCCCUCCUCCUACCCAGAAUCCACCAGAGCAGGAGAUGGACAGACAGAUGGACAUGGCAGUGGCCCCGCUCCAUCUGUGGAAGGUCCCUCCCCCUCAUCCAUCAGCUCCGCCCCUCCGGGCUCCUCACCCUCCCCUGCUCUCUUGUACCCAGACCAGACGCCUCUCCCCCCUCCCCCGAUGAUGCACCUGCCAUAUGAAGCUCCGCCCCCGGCCACCUACCUGCCUUCUGCCCCUCAUCCUGCUCAUCCUCACCAAACCCAUCUCCCACAUCACUCCCCUUACCACUGCCUCCCACCACCCACCCACUGGGGGACACUCCAGACAGGAGGCCACGCCCCACGAAUUUACUGCCCCGCCCCCAACCCCACACACGUGGUUGGUUACAUUACAGCCCCGCCCCCCCACCAUGCAGCCACACACUACAUCCCCCCAACCAUCUAAGACACACAUCCUGGUUUUCCCCACUGCUGGUUUCCAGAGGAUAAACCAGAGGAAGGACCUGAAAAUUUCAGAAUAAAAAAAAUUAUAAAAAAAAAAAAAUAACAUUAAAAUGAAAAGAAAAAGAAUGUGGUAAUAAUGUUUUUCCUGUAGCGGGGUGUUAGCAUGUUACUUUCACUGGAAACUGUAAGACUUCUGCACAUAUUAGCGAUUAGCGGUUAGCUCAGGGCUAAAUCACCUUUUUCAGUUUUUUUGUUGACAAAAUGUUUUAUUUUCCGCCCUGAAAGGCCUCAGGUACAGCCCACCUCUGCCUCAGAGUCACUUCCUGUUUGAAAUGUUCCGGUGUUACGUCGUCUGUUAGUUGUCAAACUUGUUACUGAGCAGCUCAUUUAAGUAAAUACGUCCUUUUACCACGGCAACAUGGUGGACAGCAUCACAGGUUGUUGUAGGCAGGUGUGGAAGGAGUGGACGCAGCUGCCUGAGAAAAACGACUGAUUCUUGUGUUUUGUUUGGUCAGGUGGUUAAUUGAGUUUAUUGUUGGGUCAUCUGCCAACCAAUCAGAGAGAGAGGAGGGGCUGCGGGGCGUGGUCAGUCCCUGUCUGUUAACCAGGGGAUGUAUUUAUGUUGAUGUUAUGUUCAAACUGGAGACAGUGAUUUGUUUUUGGGAGAAUAAAGUUUGUUUU